CUUUCAGCAACAGAAUGCCGAUAAAAUAUUAAGGAACUAGAAGAAUUUGUCCUGGGGCACCUUAAAAGCAAAGAGAUUUGUUUUCAUAUCCUUGCUGUUGAACAAACCUUUUUGUUGCACAAGUAGAGUUGGGUUGGGCUACGUCUCGGUGCUUAGCAUCCACCCUUUUCCUGUGGGUGGGAACCUCAAAAAAAAAAAAAAGUACUGGGAAGAAAUGGAGAAGAGAUUUGGCUACCCAGGCAGUUCUUGCCCAUGCAGGUGUGCAUAAUGCGUAGGAAUGCCAGACAGACCUGAGUCACAGGUAACCUCCCCUGCAUACAUACAACACACCUAAUCACACCAGAGAUAAAGAGAAAACUGCUUCUUUCCUACUUUACUUGCCUAACAGCUAUAGGUGCCGCUACUAGGAACUCCUCCAUUUACCCUGGAGAAAAGGAAAACAAGCCAGAGGGAGUUGUUUAAAAAAAAACACAACGGUAACAGCAGCAGCAAAAAGGUGGAGGGAGUGAAAAAGUGUGAGACAACCCUGGAUCAGAAGGAACCAGGAGACCUGAAGAGGUUACCGAAGACCACAUUAAAGGAGUUCAAGAAUUAUCAAAUGAGUCUGAGCUGAGCCAUUGCUGACUCCACAGCCUACUGUAUUUCAGGAAGAAUGGACAAGCUCUUGGGAAGGAUGUGGUUCCAGCUGCUUCUGUUCUCCCUGCUUUUUAUCUUAGGCCAAGGGAAGAAAAUUAACCACUGUGUGGCUUCUAGGGCAAAAAGCUGCACUGAAUGCAUCCGAGUGAGCAGCAACUGUACUUUUUGCACAGAUGAGAACUUCAAAGGCAUCCGUUGUGAUUUGGAAAAUAAUCUAAGGAGCUAUGGCUGCCAAAACAACAUAAAACUGAAGUCUGGAGAGUUAUUAAUGACAAAGAAUUUCAAAAUUGAAACAGAUUUGAAGAAAACACAAGUAUCUCCGCAGCAGGUAUCAAUCACACUGAGACCAGAUGACGAAGUAAACAUUGCCAUGCAGGUGUUUGAACCCACUAAAACACCUUUGGACCUCUACAUCCUUAUGGAUUUUUCGUAUUCCAUGUCUGAUGAUUUGGACAACCUGAAACAAAUGGGCCAGCUCCUUGCAAAUUUCUUGAAGGACCUGACGGAUAACUAUACCAUUGGUUUUGGCAAAUUUGUGGACAAAGUUACAGCACCACAGACAGACAUGAGGCCCGUAAGAUUGCGGGAACCUUGGUUAAAUGCUGACCCGCCUUUCUCUUUUAAGAAUGUCAUCCGUCUAACCAAUAAUAUUGAUAAAUUCAGCCAGGAAUUGAUGAAGGAACGUAUAUCAGGGAACUUGGAUGCUCCUGAAGGUGGCUUUGAUGCUAUACUGCAAACAGCUGUUUGCAAGGAAAAUAUUGGGUGGCGGAAUGACAGCACUCACCUACUGGUCUUCUCCACUGAGUCGGCCUUCCAUUACGAAGCUGAUGGCGCCAACGUCCUUGCUGGAAUUCUAAGAAAGAAUGAUGAAAAAUGCCACCUAACUCAAGCAGGCACUUACACCUUUGAUACCAAACAGGAUUACCCCUCAGUGCCUACCCUUGUGCGCUUGCUGGGGCGGAGUAAUAUCAUCCCUAUUUUUGCUGUCACCAACCACUCCUAUGAUUACUAUGAGAAACUGCACAAAUAUUUUCCAAUUUCUGAAAUUGGGAGGCUUCAAGAAGAUUCUGCUAACAUUGUGGAAUUGAUCCGUUUGGCUUUUAAACGCAUUCGUUCCAAGAUGAGCAUUCAAGUUUACGAGAUCCCAAAAGCCAUGAAAACUGAAAUAUCAUCCUCAAAAGGUGAAAAAAUGGAGUCGGGUUCAUUCCAAAGUGUUCCAGGUGAAGUGGUAAGCUUUCUAUUUUGCCGGCCAUUCUCACACUUGACUUCCUCUCACUUUGACAGGCGGGGGGACCAGUGUAGUUGCUCAACAUCCUCCUUUACUGAUACUGAGGCCUGCACACGACCUGGAGAUAAAGAACCCUGCUCUGGCAAAGGAGAAUGCCUUUGUGGGAUCUGUCAGUGCUAUUCUGAAGAUCUCACCCAGCGUUAUGAAGGACAGUAUUGUGAAUUCGACAACUUGCAGUGUUCCCGCACUUCUGGAUUCCUCUGCAAUGAUCGGGGACGUUGCUACAUGGGCCAAUGUGUAUGUGAAGCUGGCUGGGAAGGCGCCGGCUGUGAGUGUCCCACAAGCAAUGAAACCUGUGUCAGCAGCAAUGGACUGAUUUGCAACGGACGGGGGAGAUGUGAAUGUGGUAGAUGCCUCUGUAAUAACCCCACUGCCCAUACUGAUCUCACCUGUGAAGUUGGAAACUUGGCUUUCCAGCAAUUAUGUGAGGAAGAAUUCCGAAGUUGCAUCCAGUGUCAGGCUUGGGACACUGGAGAGAAGAAGGGACAGAAAUGUUCAAACUGCCAUUUCAAGAUCAAGCUGGUGGAUGAAUUAAAGCAAGAACAUGUUUGUACCUUCCAAGAUGAGGAGGAUGAUUGCCUUUACAGGUACUCUAGGGAAGAAGACACCAAUCUAUCACAGAACAAUACUGUCCUUGUGCAGAAGAAAGAGUGUCCACCGGGAAGUUUUCUUUGGCUUAUCCCACUACUCAUUUUCCUGAUACUACUCCUGGGGUUGCUGCUCCUUCUGUGCUGGAAAUUCUGUAGUUGUUGCAAGCAUUGUUUGGCGCUGCUACCCUGUUGUGCACGAGGUCGCAUGGUUGGUUUCAAGGAGGACCACUAUCUGCUCAGGCAGAGUCUCAUGGCAUCAGAUCACCUGGACACUCCAAUGGUGCGCAGCGGUAAUUUGAAAGGGAGUGAUACAGUCCACUGGAAGAUCAAAAACAAUGUGCAUAAGCAAGACUACUCAUCCUUCGCCCUCAAUCCCAAGGAUAUCAUUCCAUAUGGGCUGUCUCUCAGACUGACACGGCUCUACACCCAAAAUCUUGCAAAACUGGAUAGCCGUGAAAAUGAGCAACUGCAGAAAGAAGUGGAGGAAAAUCUGAAUGAAGUGUACAGAGUAAUCCCAGGUUUCCAAAAGUUCCAGCAGACAAAAUUCAGGAUUCAGCCAAAUGCUGGAAAAAGGCAAGACCACACGAUUCUGGACACGGUGCUCCCAGCUCCCCGCUCAGCCAGGAACGAAAUUAUCCAAGUAACAGAGAAGCAUGUCUCGCAAGGAGCUUUCAAUGAAUUAAAAGUGUCACCUGGUUACUACACUGUGAUUGCUGACCAAGAUGCCCAGGGCAUGGUUGAGUUUCAGGAAGGGGUAGAGUUGGUGGAUGUUCGGGUUCCCCUGUUCAUCAGGGAAGAGGAUGAUGAUGAAAAACAGCUGCAAGUAGAGGCUACUGAUGUUCCUGUGGGCACCGCGAAAAUUGGUCGUCACCAAGUCAACAUCACCAUAAUAAAAGAGCAAGCAAAUAGCAUCAUUAGCUUCCUGGAGCCAGUUUAUUCAUACAGUCGCUUUGACCAGCUGGCUAAGAUCCCUUUGGUUCGAGAAAUACUGGAGAAGGGAAAAUCCCAGAUAACAUACAGGACACGAGAUCUCACAGCUCAGCAAGGCAAAGAUUACGUUUUUGCGGAGGGUGAUCUGAUCUUCCUGCCUGGAGAGAAGCAGAAGGAAGUGCAAAUCAAAUUGAUGGAGUUGACAGAGAUUGAUGCCCUCCUUCGGAACCAGCAGCUGAAACAAUUCGCAGUGGAUCUCAUCAAUCCCAGGUUUGGGGCAAAGGUUGGCAAAUACCCUCAAACCAUAGUGACAAUUGUCGAUCCAGAAAAUGCAUCAGAGAUUCAGUUUCCAUAUUCUUCUAGAGGCAUUCUUGUAGCACCUCUUAAUCCAAAUGCACAGGCUUUAAGCUCUAGAAAGAUCCGCUUCAAUUGGUUGCCUCCACCAGGCAAACCAGCAGGAUACAAGGUGAAAUAUUGGAUCCAAGGAGAUCCUGAAUCGGAGGCUUAUUUGUUUGAUUCCAAAGUACCUUCGGCAGAGCUGACCAACCUGUACCCCUACUGUGAUUAUGAAAUGCAAUCCUGUGCCUAUAACGCUUUGGGCGAAGGGCUUUAUUCUAAGGUGGUCCACUGUCGAACACUCGAGGAAGUUCCUAGUGAGCCUGGGCGUUUGGCCUUCAACGUCAUCUCCUCCACUGUGACGCAGCUAAGCUGGGCUGAGCCUGCAGAAACAAAUGGCAUGAUCACAGCUUAUGAGGUCAGCUAUGGACUCGUCAACGAGGAAAACAGACCCAUUGGCCCCGUAAAGAAAGUCUUGGUGGAGGACCCCAAGAAGCGGAUGGUCCUGAUUGAAAAUUUACGGGAAUCACAGCCCUACCGUUAUACAGUGAAGGCCAAGAAUGGAGCCGGAUGGGGGCCAGAAAGAGAAGCUACAAUUAACUUGGCUACACAGCCAAAACGCCCUAUGUCCAUUCCUAUCAUUCCUGAUGUACCAAUAAUUGAUGCACAAGGAAGAGAAGAUUAUGACAGCUUUCUAAUGUACAGCACAGAUGUAUUGCGUUCACCAGCUGGUAGCAAGCAUCCCAGCGUCUCAGAUGACUCUGGCUCUCGAUGGAAAUAUGUGCAGCUGCUGGGGGACGAGCUGGACCUUCGUCACGUCACCUGGAGACUCCCAGUAGAACUGAUCCCUCGUUACUCGGACAGCAGUUGCUUUUCCUCGGACACAGAGGGUCUCCUCCAUGAGGGUAGUACCCCCUCUGAGCUAAUGGACAGUGAUGCAACCAGCGGCAGCCUACCAAGGAGUGGGACUUCCCAGCCCCAACCAGAACACCUGAUGAAUGGCCGACUGGAUAUUGCCUUCCCUGCCGGUAGUGGAAGUUUAACCCGAAAUCAUCUAAGUCCACAUGUAUACCAUGAGAGAAGAGUGAUCGGAAACUCAUCGCUAACAAGAGAGUAUACCACGGUGUCUGGACAUGACCCAUCCAAGAAUGUUUUUUCUCCCACAUAUGAAGAAACUAGAAGGAUACCCCAGAUCCCGCAGGAUGCGGGCUUUAGGAGGGCAAAUGUGAUGGGUUCCUCUGACAGCAGUGAUGCUCGGGAUUCUAUAGUCAUGACUGAUGGGCCCUCUUGGAUUUCCAAAUAUUUAGAUUCUAGAAUGCAGCUUCUGAAUGUCCCGGACACUCCUACUCGCUUGGUGUUCUCUGCCCUGGGGCCAACCUCCCUGAAAGUCAGCUGGCAGGAACCCCACUGUGAGAAAGAAGUACAAGGAUACAGUGUGCAAUACCAGCUUCUCAAUGGAGGUGAAAUAAAGAGACUUACAAUUCCCAAUCCAAUGCAGAACUCUGUGGUGGUGGAUGAUCUAUUACCUAACCACUCCUAUGUCUUCAAAGUAAAGGCCCAAAGUGAUGAGGGAUGGGGUCCAGAAAGAGAAGGUGUGAUAACCAUUGAGUCACAGGUGGAUCCACGCAGCCCUCUCAGUCCCGUGCCAGGGUCACCAUUUACCCUGAGCACACCCAGUGCCCCAGGACCUCUCGUAUUCACAGCCUUGAGUCCAGACUCGCUUCAACUAAGCUGGGAGAGACCCCGCCAACCCAAUGGCUUAAUUCUGGGCUACAUGGUCACUUGUGAGACUCUGCAGGGUGAAGGGGAACCCAGGACUAUCUAUGUGGAGGGAGAUAACCCAGAGACCACCCUUACAGUGCCUUACCUGAGUGAAAAUGUUCCGUAUAAGUUCAAAGUGCAAGCCAAGACCACUCAAGGCUUUGGCCCUGAAAGAGAGGGCAUUAUCACCAUUGAAUCUCAAGACGCAGGAGUAUUCUCUCAAUAUGGAACACAUCAAUUCACCAGGGAGGAAGUCUUCAAUCUCCCUACAGAAUACAAUACCCAAACGAGCAUCACUCACUCCCUACUGGAUCCUUUAUAUGCAGAUGGGAUGCUGAUGACCACCCAGCGAGUGGAAAGUGGCGGCACCCUUACCAAACAGAUCACCAAAGAAUACAUCACCAGCACUAUGUCCAGCAAUAGUGGGACAUUCUCCAGACAGACAGAGAGACAAUUCUAUGAAGCUUGAGCGCACAAGGAAACUGCCAAAAAGACACUCAAAUUUCAACAAGAUGUUCUGUGGCCAUCUUCCAGAUGGGAGUGGAUGGCAACUUCUGUGCUCCAUUAGCCCUAAAAGCCACUCACUGGCCAUUGCUUUUGAAAUAUCACCAGGUGAUAUCUGCACACAGCCUAGCUGGUAACCUAGCAUCUUGUGAAAGGAGCUUUUAACAGAACACUUGGUUAUGAAAUGCUCUUGGCUAGUUCAACUCUGAAUCCAGCUCAUGAGUAUCUGCUUUGCUGCUCUGGAUUUGGUUUGAAAUCCUUACCUCAGACCAUUGCUUUUCACUUUGCAUAUUUUAACUGGAUCUCUUCCUCAAUGUUGAUGUUAAGACCAUCCUCGUUUUUUUUCUUCUGAGCAUGAUAACAUCCUGUUUGUCACAUACAUUCCUUGCAAUCGAGGGAAGUUAAUACAAUUGUUGUAUAGUUGGUUAUAAAAUCCCGCGCUGUGCAGUAUAUAGGAAUUCAUUAGCAGAUUAACAAAAAAUACUAUUUUAUGGUGUAAGGUUGCUAAAAUAUACAGGUAGUCUUCAUUUAACGACUGUUUGUUCAGCAGCCAUUUGCAGUUACAACCAUAAUAAAAAGUAUGGUAAUUUUAUGACCAAUCCUCAUAUUUAUGAUCUUUGCGGGUUAUAAAGCAAAGGACCGUUGAAGCAAGAGCACAAACACAGGCACAGUUUCACUUAGUGACUGCUGAGUUAAGAACUGAGCUGCUGAUCCCAGGUCAUGAUUGCUAAACAAGGAUUUACCUGUAAACCCUUUUCCAAAGAAUCCCUGAUACAACAUGGGGCAAAUUAAAGCAACUUUCCAACUUCAGUAUCAAAUAUUUGGUAUUGUGCCAUGGACAAUCAGUAUCUUUAAGAGGUAGCCCUCAAAAUAAACUGAUUUACUUCUAGCCAACAUUUUAGUUACUUUGGGAUGAGGCUCUUAUGCCGCAAUUACAAUAGCCUUGGUCGGAGACCCAAUGUGAUUGUUUUCCUACUACUUGUCCGGUCUUUUUUCCCCAACCACAUAAAAACUGGUGAAUUAACAAUGAUACCAUCAUGUUAACAUAUUUUUUAGGGAAAUAAUCCUAAAAUUCAUUUGGAAACAAACUGAAAUCCAAAUUAACAUCGGUGCUGUGGCUGCAUUUUUCAGAAGCUGCCCAGGAAUUCUUCGGUGAGAAGGUCAGAAUGUAAUUAUGUAACAUCUUAUCUAUCUAAAUCAGGGUUUUCUCCAAGCUUGUCAAUUUUAAGACUUGUGGACUUCAACUCCAUGCUGAGGAAUUCUGGGAACUGAAGUCCACAAGUCUUCAAUUUGACAAGUUUGGCGAGCCCUGAUCUAAAUGACAGUUUAUUAGUCAGUGCCAAUCAUCAUGCAAGGUGUGGGUAAUGCUAGCUGGCUUAUCCUGCACCCCACAUGACUUGAAGGUACCUCGUAGUUGUGGGUGGUUCUCAGAACAUAUGGACAUAACAUUUCUUGAAACUGAACAUUUGAUCAAUGCCACUAGGAAAAGUAAUGCAGCCGGGUCCAUUCAGGCAAAAUGUAUCAGUCUGGAGUUCUUAGAAUCUCAUAUUCAGUGCUGUGAAUCAUUCAUAAGAGAUGGAAUUGUUAAAGUUCCUGGACUGUCUUCUAAAAGGGCAAGAUUUCUUUUGUAUUGAAUGAAUGAUUUCCUGGAUCCUUUGUAAGGGAGUUGCAAAUCAUUUCUUCCUAGGAGAAGCUUCAUUAACUUUUAUCUCCACAGCUUUCCAUUUGUUUUUCUGAUACGAUUUCCUGUUUCCUGCAAACUUUUACUACCUAUUAUUAAACUUUUCCUUCAAAGUAAAAACCACACAUCUUGGUAUAAUCCAAAGAGUCACUGGAGGUACAGUAUCUAACGGCCAUAUUUUAAUAACACAGUCAUUCUAAAUAGAAAUUUUAAAAGGCAUCCGAUGCUUUCACUGAUGUAUAAUGAAAAACACAUUAUAAUGUAAAUUACAUGUUUGUAGAUUAUUAUGGUUUGUAGAGGUUGAUGGAAUUACAUAAGUACAUAUGCAGUUUCAGUAUUUCAGACAUCUGACAGAUGGUGCUUCGGACCAGAUGGCUUUGUAUUGCACUUAAUAAACAUUUUCUCUAUGAUCGCA